UUUCUCCAACCCUGCGGCGGCGGUUCCCACUGUCGGCCCUCGGCAGGUGUCAGCGCCUGGCUCUCGCUAGGAUGCGAGUCUCGAAAUUUUGGAGCUCCCAAACUCAACUGCAAGCAAGCUCUCCGACGGACGCUCUCAGCGAGAGGCACGAAUUAACCUCACUGCCGACGAUCACCGAGCGCCAAUUGCUCCCAAAAGCACGCCUCGGCCGAACUACACGCCCAUACUAUAGAAUCCAACUCAAAUCAUCGCCGUCCCGGCGCGGCCGUUCCCUUCGCGCCCCCCAGCAGCAGCAGCAGCAGCGCAGCAGCCGCCCGUCACACAAUGGCGUCGUCACUUCUCUCCCUCGGGCCCUGCCUGCGAUCAUCCGCCCUCACCACAAGCACCACCACAGCACCGGGUGCCAGCGCUGGCCGCGCACUCUUCAGCACCACAAGCGCUGCCCUCCGGCGGUACGGCGACGGACGCAACAACAAGGGCUGGCGCAAGCAAAAAGUGUACGGCUCCACCCUGCCUCUCCCAUCAGCCACCGCCGCCGAACUCACCAUCCCACCAUACCCGUACGGGCCGAACGCAGUCUACCGGCAGAGCAACGCAGGCUUGUACGGCGGGCAGCGGAUCCAGUUCGGCAACAACGUGUCUGAAAAGCACGGGGUCAAGACGCGGCGCGACUGGCGCGUCAACGUGCAGCGGCACUCGCUGUUCAGCAGCGGGCUGGGCCAGAUGGUGCGGGUGCGCACGACGACGCGCGUGCUGCGGACCGUCGACAAGGUCGGCGGGCUCGACGCGUACCUGCUGGGCAUCAAGGCGGCGCGGCUCAAGGAGCUGGGGCCCUACGGCUGGCGCCUGCGGUGGCGCCUGAUGCAGAGCCCGCGCAUCGCGCAGCAGUACGAGGACCAGCGCCUGGCGCUGGGGUUGCCCGCUCGCGGCCUGCCAGCGUCUGCAUUAGCGGAGUUGGAGAUGGUGGACAAGAAGGCGGCGGCCGAGCAGCUGCUGGAGGAGACGGACGCGAUGCUCGCGAACGGCGAGGAGUUCGCAAUUGGCGAGGAGUUCGCAAUUGUCGAGGAUCAGGAGCUGCUGGCCGAGGCCGAGGCCGAGGUCCCGGCGGGCAACGGGUUCAUGCACGAGGAGCCGGCGGACAAGUCACAGUCGCUGCGCCCCGAGUAGGAUUGGUGUCAUGGCGGCUACAAAUGUAUUAUAACCGUGUAUUCAAGUAGCUCAUGGAAUCGCUGAGAACUGGUUUGACAGACCCGCCCUUUGUGUCGAGCAUAUCAUUUGGAUUCAGCGGUGACGCUUAAAGCCCAACCAGUACAAGUUCAAUUGGCAUAAAAACAAGCCG